AUCAAAUGUUAGCAUGCUAACAAGCUAAACUAAGGCAGUGAACAUGGUAAAUAUUAUACCUGCUAAGAAAAGUAUGGUCACUGUGAACAUGUUAACAUGCUGAUGUUGGGAUUCAGCUCAAAGCUCAGAUGAGCCACUAGCAUGACUGUAGACUCUUAAUCUAUGUUACUAUUGUCAGCUUCAGUGGCCUUGCCCCAGCAAUUUUGGGUGUGCAUACUUUUCUGUCAACGGCAAUGAUUUUAGAGGAAUUCUUGAUUUUAAUAUGAUGUAUAUUGUUUCAUCUGACCUUGAUUGGUAUGUAUGUAUACUGUAUUUAAGGUUCUGUGUGUUCUGUGUUUCACCUGGCUGCAGGACAAAAUUUCCCAAGAGUACAUCUGAAGUUAAAGUUGAAGGCCAACUACAGACCAGCUCCCUGAUGGCUAGUGGGUUUAAGGCUGUGACUACAAAUCCCAAUGCUGCCAGUUCAGGUCUGACCAAGGAUCAUUGCUGCAUGUCCAUUUCUCUUUUCCUUAAUUUCCUAUUAUAUCUACACCGCCAACCUUCUCAUAUAAUACUCUAAACAUUUGAAUGCUAUCAUCGGAACUUCAAUUAGAGGUGCUGUUAUCUGGUAAUUGUUUUCACCCAAGCAAAAAAUUACGUAAUUGCAUUUGGGCAUCAACCCAGUAGCAUUUUGUGAAGCACUAAGCUUUGGCAGCUCAGACUGCAGCUCUAAACAAUGGUGUUCCCCUGACUAGCAUUGUUAUACCGGGUAAUAAAGCAAUUGGUGAAUAGUUGGUAAUGUAUCCACCUAAUCAAAGAUCAGUAACCAGACCUAGACUGUACCAUCACAGAGAAAGAGACUGGGGGCUUUUUGGCUGUUGUGAUAUAAUGGAAAUUCAAGGUAGACAGAAGGAGAGGCAGAAGAAGAGAAGAAGGAAAGGGGGAUGGUUGGAUUGGUGUGGUUUGGAUCUUGUUUCUGUAUCGUUAUGUUACACUCAGUAGAGCAGUAGAUACCCAGGUAAGCACUGAAUAAGAUCUCUGUCCCUCCACCUCCCACGGCAUUAAUGAUUAAGUACCCGGCCCACAGUGGCCCAAGCCUGGGUCAGGAUGGUGUGGAGAAGCAUAUAUGUGCAAAGGCCUUGACACAGCAUCACCAUCAUUGCACUGCUACAGCAUACUGGAUGAAUGACAACACUGGACAGAACAGAGAGGACAGUAUUUUUUUUUUUGUAUCUUUAAUCAAUCUGGAAUACUCUCAAUAAUCCAGUAUUUACAGGUUCACUGACUGUCUCCAUGCAAGCAGACACAGGAGGACACGCUGUUCUUGUCUAACUCCUCUGGAGAGAAGGACAUUUGUCCUGGUGUCGUCACUGAGAUUCUGCAUCUGACAGCAGAAUAACACAGCUUCAGAAAUGCAGGGUCAGCUGGACAUGGAGGGUGCCCUGACUGCAAGGGACCGAGUGGGAAUCCAGGAUUUUGUCCUCCUGGAUGAAACCACAGAGGCGGCCUUCCUCAGCAACCUCAAGAAACGCUUCAGCAAGGAUCUCAUCUAUACAUACAUUGGCACUUUGUUAGUGUCUGUCAAUCCUUAUAAAGAGCUGGACAUCUACAGUCAGAAACAGAUGGAUCUCUACAUGGGUGUCAACUUUUUUGAGCUUCCACCACACAUCUACGCCUUGGCAGACAACGCCUACCACACCAUGCUGACAGAGUUCAACAAUCACUUCAUCCUCAUCUCUGGUGAGAGUGGAGCAGGGAAGACAGAGGCCUCCAAGAAGAUUCUGCAGUAUUAUGCUGUCAGCUGUCCAAGCACCACUCUGCUGAACACUGUCCGGGACAAAAUGCUCAUGUCCAACCCUGUCCUCGAGGCUUUCGGGAAUGCCAAAACACUAAAAAAUGACAACUCAAGUCGGUUUGGGAAGUACAUGGACAUUCAGUUUGACAGCCAGGGUGAUGCUGUCGGAGGCCACGUGCUGAACUACCUGCUGGAGAAGUCGAGGGUCGUGCACCAGAAUCAUGGGGAGAGAAACUUUCACAUCUUCUACCAGCUGGUGGAGGGAGGAGAGGACGACCUGCUGCACCAGCUGGGCCUGGAGAGAGACUGCCAGCAUUACAACUAUCUAACCCAAGGAGAAUGUGCCAUUGUGUCCUCCAUUAAUGACAAAAAUGACUGGAAAACAGUCAAGAAUGCACUACAAGUCAUCGACAUCGACGAGAUCAACACUAACCACUUGUUUGGGAUUGUUGCAAGCGUCCUCCAUUUGGGCAACAUUCAGUUUGCUGCUGACAGUAAAGGCCAAGCCCUCCUCAACAACAACGCAGAGCUGCGCUGGGUCUCGAAUCUACUAGGGGUUGAUGCUCACAGUCUCCAAGAGGGACUGACGUACAGGAAGAUUGAAGCCAAAAAGGAUCAGGUCCUCAGCCCAUUUACAAUCGAUCAUGCCAUCUAUGCCAGAGAUGCCCUGGCUAAAGCCAUCUAUGGACAUACCUUCACCUGGCUGGUCAACAGGAUCAAUGAGUCCAUGGAGAACAAGGACUCUUCAAGAAAGACUGUAAUAGGGCUUCUGGACAUAUAUGGGUUUGAGGUGUUCUAUGUAAACAGUUUUGAGCAGUUCUGUAUAAACUAUUGCAAUGAGAAGCUGCAGCAGCUUUUCAUCCAGCUGACACUCAAGGCUGAGCAGGAAGAAUAUGAAGCGGAGGAUAUCGAGUGGGAGCCAGUACAGUUCUUCAAUAACAAGAUCAUCUGUGAUCUGGUUGAGGAGAAACACAGGGGGAUCAUAUCAAUACUGGAUGAGGAGUGUCUGAGGCCAGGAGAUGCCACAGAUCUCACCUUCCUGGAGAGGCUGGAAGAUAAGAUGGGAAAUCACCCUCACUUUGUCACGCACAAACUGGCUGACAAAAUGACACGUAAGACUCUGGAGAGGGGAGAUUUCCGUCUCUUGCAUUAUGCCGGGGAGGUCACCUACUGUGUUGUGGGUUUCCUGGACAAAAACAAUGACCUGUUAUACAGAAACAUAAAAGAUCUGAUGUGUCAGUCAAAAAAUGCCAUAGUCAAAGAGUGCUUCUUCACCAUGGAUCUAGACAGCAGACGAAGACCAGAAACAGUGGCGACCCAGUUUAAGAGCAGCCUGCUGAAGCUGACAGAGAUCCUGAUGGCCAAAGAGGCCUGGUACAUACGCUGUCUUAAAUCUAAUGAGUCCAAGCAGUCAGGUCACUUUGACGAAGCGCUGAUCAGACACCAGGUGAAGUACCUAGGCCUUAUGGAGCACCUCAGAGUCAGACGAGCCGGUUUUGCUUACAGACGCAAAUAUGAGGUCUUCUUAAAGAGGUACAAACCGCUGUGCCCGGCCACCUGGCCUCACUGGAGAGGAUUGCCCGCUGAUGGAGUGGAAGUCCUGGUUCAACAUCUGGGCUACCUGCCAAAUGAAUACAAAAUGGGGCGAACCAAAAUAUUCAUCCGUCAUCCGAGGACACUUUAUGCCACAGAGGAUGCUUAUGAGAGAUGUAAACAUGAACUGGCAACAAGACUCCAGGCCAAAUACAAAGGAUACAAGGCAAAAGGAGAAUUCAGAAAACAAAAAGAAGCUGCCACUAAGAUUGAAACUUGCUGGAGAGGAGUGCAGGCCAGAAAGGAGAGAGAGAGGAGAGCUUGGGCUGUAAAAGUCAUCAAGCAAUUCAUCAAAGGUUACAUGACCAGAGGGCAAGCGAAAACCACAGAUAACUCGGAGUACCUGGCCUUUGUGAGACAAAAUUACUUGAACCGGCUCAAAGAAAAUCUGCCAAAGACCGUUUUGGAUAAAACCACCUGGCUAUCUCCACCACCUGUGCUCGUAGAGACAUCAGAGAUCCUGCGUAAGCUUCACUACCGUCUUAUGGUGCGGAAGUAUGUGAGAGGAAUCACACCUCAGAAAAAAGCGGAGUUUCAACUGAAGCUCAUUACCAGCUCCAUCUUCAAGGGCAAAAAGGACAGUUACCCGCAGAGUGUCGCUCAACCUUUUAUAGACACCAGAAUCAGUGAACAAGACAUAAACAUGAGGGUUCUCCAGAUGAUUCGCAAUGAGCACAUCAAGUACAGCGUGCCCAUAAUCAAGUAUCAUAGGAAUGGUUUCAAACCAAGCCCACGACAGCUAAUCCUCACCCAGACAGCUGCCUAUGUGAUAGAGGAAGUCAAGAUCAAACAAAGAGUGCUGUACACCUCUCUCAAAGGUAUUUCGGUCAGUAAUUUGACUGAUAACAUGAUUGUAUUCCACAUAACAUGUGAGGACCCUAAACAGAAGGGGGAUCUGGUAAUGCAGUGUGAUCACUUGUUUGAGUUUUUGACCAAACUCAGUGUCAUUGCUAACAAACAAAACGUGAUCAAAGUGGUUCAGGGCAGCAUCAAGAUUGAAAUCCAGGCGGGGAAAGAAAGUGCAGUGGACUUCAGCACCGGGCCGGAGCCCAUGGUAUACAAGGCCAAGAACGGACACCUCAUGGUGGUUGCCACCCGGGCUCGGUCACGGUAACGUGUGGGGCUGAGGAGGAGACACACAAGAAGCCCCUGCAUAUUUCAUCAGGAAACCCCUAAAGGGAAGAUCAUGUCUACGCCUGAGCAGACACGGCUGCACUUUAGGAACCCUAGAUCAGCUUGUUUGUUAGACAGCAACACAUUUGAUCACCUAUGCGUAAUAGUCAACGAUUAAAAGAACUUUUCACUAAAGAAUAACUUAAUAACUUUAAUGAAAGGUCACAGUUUCAACAUUAUUCUGUGUUUAAGCAAAGGUUUGUCUCUGUUGUUUUGAACACUAUAGUUUAAAGCAAAGGCUGACACUGGACUAUUAACCACUUUUAAAUUUACAAAACUACUUAAAUAUUCCACACACUCA